CCCAAUGCUAUGAGCAGUUAUGUUCUAGUUGUUGGUUUCCAUCAUAAAAAAGGCACAUCCGUUGAGUACGUCUAUCCCGAACUCGAAACCGGUUUAGACCUCCCGCCUGCCUGGAAUUUUAUCCCUCCCAUUGCUCUUCCAGAUGGUGCUCACAACUUUGGGAAAGACUAUAUUUUCUUCACCGUUCCUUCUCUUGAACUAAAGCCUACGACAUUGUUUGGCGUAGCGUGCUAUCGACAGGUUGAUGCCAGAAAAUUUUCUAAUCAGACACCCGAUCUUACUCGGAAUACUGUACAGAAGAGUGUCGUUUUCCUAUCCCCAACCGCUCUUUUCGGCACUGUUUCUCACUUACUUGAUGACGUCACAGAUGCAUUUAUUUCUGCGUCAUCGUGUGAAGAGGGCUAUGAAAUACUUCGAAAUGGAUUUGAGGAAAUUCAAUCGGCUGUGAACAAGAUCGUUCGAAUUCCAUCAUUUGAAGAAUCCUCUUCGCCUGCGAAACCGCCGUCCAUUGCAUGUCCACUUGGCUCCUCACUCUCAUCAGUCUCAUUCCAGGUUCGAGUCUCCUAUUGCGAAGCUGCUUUUGCUAGCAAUAAUAAAGGCAACGUCUAUUGGAUGAUGAAUGGUGGUCUCUCCUCCUGUGCCCUGAUUGAUGAUACAUGGGUUGGUGAGAGGGCCUGUUGGCCACUGGCGACUCUUUCACAAUCUAAUUUCUUGAUCGGUGGUUCAGCGAAUGCUAGUGCCGACGUCCCAAUUGUUCAGGAGAACAAUGCGGACUUCACCAAUCGUCAUCAGUCCACAAUUCGAAUAUGCCCGCCUUCGACGGAGCCUGGGGCUAGAUUGAGGGAUUUGCCCUUGCCACUGAACCGGGCUAUCCAACUCAGUAGAUUCGAUCGGGUGUUCAUCGAUCAUUUGGUGAAUACAGCUGAACUUUGGUUCUCAGCCAAAGCGGCGAAAGAAGUGGAUACCGGUGUACAACCCCCGGCACCUGCAAUGUCCGAAGAGAUUACUCCUCGUCAGCUUGCGGAGGCCGAAGUUCUGACGAAAUUUCCGGGUGGUCAAAUGAAUGACUUUAAUUUCAACUUUGUGUCCUGUUUCCGCACCACUCACAACUUUUUGGCCUGGCGAAGUCAAUAUGUCCUGCCCUCGGUGAUGCAGCAGAUUGCUGAGGAGGAGGAGGAGCAGAAGGGACUUGAGGCGACGCCGGCAGCUACCGAGGUCAUGAAUGGCAAGACGCCUUCACAACCAGUUGAGCCGAGGAAUGCGGAUGGGCAUGAUGACCGAAUGAAGAUGACCAAUCCCACCUCGCCACAACCGACUCGAGAUAUCUACGCCGUUGGCUGCCCCCUCAUUCAUCCCGGGAGAAAUUUCCCCUCCUCCGAGCCAACCGAUCAGAUUGUCAACAAUCUCAAGCAGUUUGGAAACAUCGCCGUUGAUCAUGGUCGAAGGAUGCUAAGUGGUCUGAUGAAAUUAGGCAAUGAAAAGAACGCCUCUGGUGGAGCCUCCAUAUUGCGACGCUUCGCGAGCAACGUUCGAUCAGCACUCGACAGCGUCCAGUCACCUAUUACCUCCUCCGAAAAACCCGCGCAACCAUAUGAGAAAUGA